AUGAAGAAUAUGUCAAUACCAAAUUUGAAUAUACCUGGCAUAAUUGUUAAGCAACGUUUUGGUACCGGUUCAGUAACAUGGACAAAUAUUGAAUGUAACCAUGGUGGUCGACUAAUUGAUACAGCACCACCAGCUAUUGAAUGUCUAGAAGAUGUUGUCAAUCUUGUGAAUGGACGUGCAGAAGUAUUUGUUGAUACUGGUAUUCGAAGUGGAACUGAUGUGUUAAAAGCAUUAGCAUUAGGUGCACGAGCUGUUUUGAUCGGUCGACCAGUUUUAUAUGGUUUGGCUUGUGGCGAACAAGAUGGUGUUCGAAGAGUAUUAGAUAUAUUAAAACGUGAAUUAGUUUAUGAUAUGGCUUGUUGUGGAUUAACAUCGAUUGAUCAAAUUAAUAAAGAUAUUCUUUAUAAACAUUAA